AUGUCUCUAUCAAAAGUCGUCAACGGAAGGCUCGUAACCAACACCGAUGUGAGACCUCCCACCGGAUGGACCGUCAACUACGAAGACAUGGGCAGUGAAAGUGAAUGGGGUGAAGAUGGAGAGGUUGCAGACCUUGUCAGCGCUUAUGGCAUUUCCGGAGUGGUCAAGCCGCUGUUCAGGACCCGGUACAGCAGCAAUGAAGUCAUUUUCAUCGUUGAAAUCAACGAGCAGUAUUAUGUUUACAAUGGUGAAAGUGGAUGGGUGCAGAGAAUUGUCACGCCGACGGACUUGAAGGAGAUCGUGGACUUUAUCAAUGAGCAGGGAUGGUUCAGGCUCGAGACUGAGAAUCUCGACGCUUGA